UGAAUAGAGAUUAUUACGUCUGAUGGCACUAAAUAUAGGAAAAAUGGAACGUAACAUGAAAACAGAUAACAAAACCAAAGUUGUCUGUUCAAACGUUUCUUGAAGUUUGUUUUGAUGUAGCUCAUCUCUUAUCAUCCUCUUGAUUUGGUGUAAACUUUGUUGUCUUGUCUUUUUCUUCAUCCCUCUCUUACAUAUCAUCUUUUCUUCCAUUCCAAUGGGACACGGCCCACGCUCCCAACCAUUGGAUUUGACCAACAUCUUCAAGAUUUCAAAAAAUAAGUCAUUGAAAGACGUCACCAAGGCUUACAAAUCGCUUAUAUCCAAACGGAAUCAUGACAAGAAAAGCCCCGGGAAUCCGACAACACCCCCAGGGUCCGAGGAAUUUGAUAAUAAGAGAGUGGAUGAAGAUAUUUGGAGUCCUAAAUUUUUGUCAAGGACAGCAAGUAGAUUAUCCAAAACACCAACACCAAAAUCAAGGCCUAUGUCAAGAAAUGGAAGCCGGAGAUCAUGCACAACACCAAGUUCUCUAUCAAGAAAUUCUAGUCGAAAGAGUGCUACAGAAAUUGCUGCAUCAUCUAUCAAAAGGAUGAUGAGCAAAAGGAGUUCCUCCGCUUCUUUGUCAAGGAACAAAACUACAUUGGACAUCUCUGAGCCUGAGUUAACAAGCCAUGCCGCCUCUCCAAGAAAUGACGCAGAACAUAUAUCUGGAAUCUCUCUUUCAAGCAAUCUGAGCCAUAGAUCCACAACACCUAUCGUAUUUUCACAGACAACAUCUAGAAAGAAACCCCCAGAUGUUGAGACAAAGCUACAUUGCACACUUGAGGACUUAUGUUUUGGAUGCAAUAAAAAGAUUAGAAUUAGCAGAGAUGUCAUCAAAUAUCCUCCUGGGGUAAUUGUCCAACAGGAGGAAGUUUUAAAAAUUGAGGUAAAGCCAGGAUGGAGAAAAGGAACAAGGAUUACAUUUGAAGGAGUGGGUGAUGAGAAACCUGGAUACCUUCCUGCUGACGUAAUAUUCUCGAUUGAUGAAAAGAAACACCCUUUGUAUAGAAGAGAUGGCGAUGAUUUGGAAUUAUGUGUUGAGAUUCCUCUAGUAGACGCACUUACAGGCUGCUCCAUAACAAUCCCUCUACUGGGAGGGGAAAAUAUGAGUCUGUCAUUUGAGAAUACAGUAAUACACCAUGGAUAUGAGAAGAUUAUUAAAGGUCAAGGAAUGCCAAACGCCAAAAACAACGGCACAAGAGGUGAUCUUCGUGUCAAAUUCCUGAUUGAUUUUCCCAAAGACUUAACUGAAGAGCAGCGGAGAGAAGCUGCUAGUAUCUUGCAAGAUUGUUGCCAAUGAUUGCUACAAAAUAGAGGACAACAGAAUAUUUUAUUAUCAGUGUAAGAAAUUUCUGGUAUCGUGCAUGCAUAUUCAGUCCUAUCCAACUCACUCAAGCCGUGCACAGAGAAUGAGGAUGUUGAGUUGAGCUUCCACAAGAGGGAGGUCAGGGUUGAAAAACAAAGAAUUUUCUACUGAUGUUGUCUUCAGCAGUUAUCUCCUUUAUAAGUAGUCUGCCUCUUAAUGUGGCCAAAUGCAAAAUCUUUUAGAUUGAAUAUGUCAACUUGGCAACCAGCACAAUUUGCACUAUUCCAGGCAAAAAUCUCAUACAGAAUGCAACUUCUACAUUAUUGCCAUAGGUUACUUAGUCACAGGACAUAUCUGAGGAGAUAAGUGUCGCCAAAGAUAUAAUGUUUUGUAUGUAUCUAUAACAGUAGGCAGCAAUGCAACUAGAGUUUCACCAUGCCUUUGUUAUUUCAGCUUCUGCUACAAUACAAUGAGCAAAUGUCCAUUUGUACUCUUUUCAGCCAAACAAGACUAGAGAUGGAAAAAUUAAAGGGAAACUGAAUACCAACUGGCAACAUUUUAAUAUAGGUUGUGUAAUAAUAUGCUUCCAGGUUCAAGGGCUGCAAAUUAAGUCCCUCACCCACUAAACACUACUACCUGAGUCCCCCUCGUAAGAGAGCUAAGAAGAUCAAAUCAGAUGAACUAUCCAGCAAGUCUCAACGUUUCACGCAGAAGGGUAGCAACAAAGAACAAAUAACCUCGUUACGAGAAACUGACGAGUUCUAUAAACGAGGCUGAGAAGUCAAGUUUCCAACUUUCGAUCACAAAUUGACAUAAAAUCAUGGACUAUAGUUGAUGGCAAUAUGCAUAUGACGGUAUUAAGUAUCUUAUGGAUUUGACAAAUUCUUAUUAAAUUCUUUUGAGUUGAGACCCAGAGUUUCCUUUAACACGUACCAUAAACACUAUUUUAGGAGUAUGCUAUAAUUUUAUGUACUGUUCUUUAGUAUUUUGGAUGAUUUUUAAUUUUAU